UUUUUGAAACAGGCUCUAUGGCAGUUUCCCAAGGCUACCGGAAGGGGAUGAAUGCAGCCUUCAUCUGGAUUCUAAUUCGAGCCGUUGGAAACGUACUGUACGUCUACGGUAGCGUCCUCUUCGAGCUUCUGCACAUUUUUUCACCGUCUACGAGGAUUGCCAGCGCCACGUUCUGGCUCUUUGUCGAGGCUCUUGUGCUCUCGAGGAUGUACGGAUACAGUUGUCACCUGCGAUCCCUUGACCCCGUCGAUGAUCACCUGCACGGUUCUGGCGAUCAGCCGGCUGCCAGGGGCAAACGUGGCCCUCACCUGUCUGUCAAGAGCGACUGAGAUGGCUACACCAUUUCCGGUGGA